AUGAAUGGGUCCGACAUUAAGAAGGCCGCAAUUCAGAAAGCAAAGCAGGUCGCCCAUUCCGCAUCCAACGCUGCCAACGGCACCAACGGCAAGAAGCGCAGAAAGCAAGAACUGAAACCCAUCGUCACCACCGAACAAGAAGCCGCUUCAGGCACCGCUUCGCCCAUGAGCUACCAGAAAUCCACAGCCAGCACCCGCGACGUGAGUCCGUCAGGCUCAGAUUCAUCCUCGCUUUCUGGCGACGAACAGACCGAGAACACGGCCGAUGAGGAGGACUCGGAAGACUACUGCAAGGGCGGCUACCACCCCGUCCAGGUCGGCGAAGAAUACAACAAUGGCAAAUACACUGUCGUGCGCAAGCUAGGCUGGGGUCACUUCUCAACCGUCUGGCUCUCGCGUGACAACGACACAGGCAAGCACGUCGCUCUCAAGGUCGUGCGCUCUGCCGCUCACUAUACCGAAACCGCCUUGGACGAGAUCAAACUGCUUAACAAGGUUGUCCAGGCCAACAUAGACCACCCUGGCAGGAAACAUGUAGUCAGCUUGCUCGACUCGUUCAACCACAAAGGCCCUCACGGCAUGCACGUCUGCAUGGUCUUUGAGGUUCUGGGCGAAAACCUUCUAGGCUUGAUCAAGCGCUGGAACCACAGAGGCAUUCCCAUGCCCCUUGUCAAACAGAUUACCAAGCAGGUCUUGUUGGGUCUCGACUACCUCCACCGCGAAUGUGGCAUUAUUCAUACCGACCUUAAGCCCGAAAACGUCCUCAUCGAAAUUGGUGAUGUCGAGCAGAUUGUCAAGACAUAUGUUCAGGAAGAUCCCGGCAAGGCAAAGGACGAACACCGCAACGGCAGAAGGAGGAGAAGAACUCUCAUUACUGGCAGUCAACCUCUACCUAGCCCUCUCAACGCUAGUUUCAGUCAAUCCGACCUUGGUGCUGUAGGCGCGACUUCUCCCACCAAAUCUAUGAAAGAGUCUCUGGGUAUCUCGGACGAAGCGGCGCAAAAGGAACGCGAAAAGACUGCUGAUAUCCUUGCCAACAAUGUCUCUGGUAUCGACCUCUCGUCCUCAACUUCAUCAACCACAAAGGUGCCAGAAGAAAUAUCAUUCGACACAAUCUCAGUCAAGAUUGCCGAUCUGGGCAACGCAUGUUGGGUCGGGCACCACUUCACAAACGACAUUCAGACACGACAAUACAGAUCACCAGAGGUUAUCCUUGGAGCAAAGUGGGGUGCUAGCACAGAUGUUUGGAGCAUGGCUUGCAUGGUCUUCGAGCUCAUUACCGGUGACUACCUCUUCGACCCUCAAUCUGGCACAAAGUACGGCAAGGACGACGAUCACAUCGCUCAAGUCAUCGAACUGCUCGGCACCUUCCCCAAGUCGUUGUGCGUUGGCGGAAAAUGGUCACAAGAGAUAUUCAAUCGCAAGGGAGAGUUGCGCAACAUCCACCGUCUCCGCCACUGGGCUUUGCCUGAUGUUUUGAGAGAGAAAUACCAUUUCAGCAUUGAGGAGAGCAAGCGCAUUGCCGAAUUCCUGUUGCCCAUGCUCGAACUUCUCCCUGCAGACCGCGCCAACGCUGGAGGUAUGGCUGGCCACGGCUUCCUUGAUGGCACAAAAGGCAUGGAUGGUGUCAAGCUGGAAAUUGAGCCCGGCACCAAGGGUGAUGGCAUUGAUGGAUGGGCCACAGAGAUUAAGAAGCAACGGUAG